AUGAGAGAGGCGCAGCAAAACUGGUCUGCCGCGUCAAGUGCCGACCCAGCAUACGAGGAGAGUCUGAUUAGGAGCCUGGGACCGAAAUACUUUACCUCAUUUCCGAACCAUCAGUACUUUGUGAGGGUUCAUCGCCCGUUGGCCGUUAGCCUUGCUCUUCUCAGUCGGCGCGAAAGCUUUCUGGCCGGCCCAGAGUGGAUCUCAACGCCGUGGGUUGAGCACCCCAAGUCUCCCCUCGACCAACUCUUCGACAUUGUGCUUUCUCUGCCGCCGAUUUUUGCCGGCGUCGACCGCAUUUUGCCUCUACCCGCGACCAUGACACGACGGCUGAGCGCGCAGGAUCUCCUGCAGAGCUGUCUCGCCCUCGAGACUCGGUUUCAUCAUUGGUUCGCUAGCGUCGUGGUUGCCUCGGGCAGUCAGCACCCUCCGUGGUGGUCCGACGAGCUGGGUAGCCCCGGUGGCGAGCUCCCGUUCGCGAACCCGUAUACCUUUCGAGACGGACUGACGGGCAUCAUGAUGUUGUAUUACUGGAUGUCCCAAAUUCUUUUCCAUCGUUGCGUCGAGUGCCUGCACGCCGCAAUUUUCCAACCCGUUGUCGAUGCGUAUCCCGACAUGUGGCCAAAUUUGCCACCCAGCCUGCAAAUCGAUCCGAAUCAAUACCAGGAUGGCCGGGAUCUCGCUGCCAAUAUUUGCCGAGGGCUCGAUGCUACUCUCAACAGCACGACCCAGCCGGAUAUGCUGCUGGCACCCAUGACCGUUGCGCUGGACUUCUAUCGGGACAUUAAUGCUACAUCGCAAGACGGUGUACUCGAGAUCCUGUGGCUGGAGGCGUUCAAAAGGCGUCUAGCUAUGAAAGGUCAACAUAUUGCCACAGUUCUGCAGGGUCAGCGCUGGGUUGAGGUUGCCCGCUUCUGA